CUAUGCGCCCUGUUUCCUGCCCCAGGCUCUUCGCUCUUCGUCCCCAUCCCGGCGGCCUUUGCGUGAACAAAAUGGCAGCCUCCAUGCCGCGGGGAUUGUCUUGCUUACCUAGGGCUUUAGGACGGUGGUCUCGGCAGCCAGUCCUGGUGACUCAGUCCACAGCUGUAGUUCCAGUGAGAACUAAAAAACGUUUCACACCACCUACUUAUGAAUCUAAAUUCAAAUCAGAAAAGGAGUUUGUAGAGCAUGCCCGGAAAGCAGGACUGGUCAUUCCCCCCGAACGUUUGGAGCGCCCCAUACAUCUGGCCUGUACAGCUGGUAUCUUUGACGCCUAUGUUCCUCCAGAGGGUGAUGCUCGAGUGUCAUCUCUUUCAAAGGAAGGACUGGCACGGAGAGCUGAGCGAUUGAAGAAGAAUGUGGCAUCACAAUUGUCAAUCCGGAGGAUAAGAGAAUGUGAUGCUAAUUUUAAAAUAAAGGACUUCCCUGAAAAAGCUAAGAAUAUCUUCAUUGAAGCUCACCUUUGUCUAAACAACUCAGACCAUGACCGGCUUCAUACCUUGGUAACUGAAAACUGUUUUCCGGACAUGGUCUGGGACCUCAAAUAUAAGACCGUGCGCUGGAGCUUCAUAGAAUCUUUAGAGCCACCUCUGGUGGUUCAGGUUCGCUGUUCAAAUCUGCUGAACCAGGGCAACAUGUACGGCCAGAUCACCGUCCGCAUGCACACCCGGCAGACUCUGGCCAUCUAUGAUCGGUUUGGCCGAUUGAUGUAUGGACAGGAAGAUGUGCCCAAGGAUGUCCUGGAGUAUGUUGUUUUUGAAAAGCACCUGGUAAACCCCUAUGGGAGCUGGAGAAUGCACGGCAAGAUUGUCCCACCAUGGGCACCCCCUAAGCAACCCAUCCUUAAGACGGUGAUGAUCCCUGGUCCCCAGCUGAAACCUUGGGAAGACUAUGAAGAGCCACAAGGAGAGGCCCAUAAGCCUCAGCUAGCCUGAUGGCAAAAAUGGUUCCUGAGGUGAAGCAUGGGUGAUGAGGUGGCUGGAAGCUGUGAAGUCAUCCAUCUCCAUCACGCUGUAGAAAGAACUAAGUUUGUUUUCUCCUGUCCUGCUUGGGUCUUUUCAGUAGUCUCAUCUUUAAUAACCACAGCUGAUGGCUGGGCUCAGGAGGGUGGCAGCUGUGCAUAGCAAUAGACCCACUUCUUUUUAAAAUGUUAUGUCUAGCCUCUGAGUCUAGAUGAAAAAUGGUAUGUUACAGAGAAUAUCUGAUACGGGUUUUUCCAUAGCAGGGACUGUCAGGAGCAAAUUGGCAGAACAGGGCAGGGAUCAGAGUUUGAAAUAAAACACUAUCAGGGUGUUGGACAAAUUGUGGUGGGUUCUAUACAUUUCUCCUGGUUCAGGCUGGAAGCAGAUUCACCUUCAAAUGGAAGAAAUGGAAGAAAAGCUGAAUUAUGAGUGAUAUGACUUCCAGGAAAUCCAGACUUGGGAAAAAUAAUUAGUGUUUAGAAAAGAUGGUGUAAUUUAAGAGGGUCUUGUCUCAUACACUGGCCCACUGAAUCAGCAUUUGUAUUUCAUAGAAGGAUGUAAAUCCAGAGAAAUCAUUUAUCCCUUGGCCUUUGGAUUGUGUUCUUAGUUAUCAGCUGCAUCCUGGUGUGAUCCCAGGAAGCAUGGUGGGGCGGGGGCAGGGACCGUGGAGGAGUUGGUACAUUGGGAAAUCUAUCUGUAAGACUUGGUUUCCUGACAUCUAGCACCUCUUGAAGAUGGUGACUCUUCUUUCCAUCUCAGCACUGGGAAGGCAAGGUACCCGAACGUGAACCUUUGCAGAGUGAAACAGCCCAGCCCCUCCUUGUUCCUUAGCUCCACUUGGGCUGUCUGGGAGUAUGUGGGACUUCACAUGCGCAUGUGUCCUGGGUCAUCUGAGGUGUGACAAGGGAAAUCACUCUACCAGCAGUGCAGCUGGCUUAUCCUACUAUUGCUUUCAUCAGCCCAGUAUGGGCUCCCUUAAAAAAGAGGACCUUAAUUCUUAUAGUUUCUAUUUUUCAAGCCUGGAAUUUUCUUCUAAGGAGACUGUCACUUAGGGUAAGGAUUAAUCUGUUCUGACCUUGACCUGAAAGUAGAGUCCAAAGAAACUGGAAUUAGGUCAAGAGUAACUUAACUCCUCAGUCUUUAAAGCUAGCAUCUCAGCGAAGCAGUGAACAGACCAGGCCUCACCAAGGGAAACUGAUGUUUGUAAGCAGCUGCUGAGUCUGACUGGAAACAAGAUUUGUGUGCUUGGGGAAGAGGCAGCGCUGAUGGGUUAAUCCAGAGCAGCCACUCUCAUCAUGCUACUUAGUCCCAACCCUUUUAGCUUAAAAUGUACUGCCCAAGUGAGGUUUGGUCACAUCCUAUUUGCCUGAGCCUCAGAUUAAGGCAAAAUGAGAAGGGGAGUGCUUUGAGCAGGAUCCACAGCUGUGAGGAGUUGGGGGAGGUAAUCCAGGGAGGCGAGGGCAGCAGAGAACAAAAAAAGCACACUUAAUGGGCGAACGAUACAUUGAUUUCCCUGAAUCUGUAAAAACAGUGCUUCAAAGAAGCUGGUUCGCCCCACACCCCUAGGUUUGCCUCUCCAGGCUCUCUAGAUAAUCCUUAAUAGCAGCUAAGCAGUAGCAGCCACCAGGGGGCCAGAGGAUAAGUGCAGUUUCAUUCCCCUUGGGAUCAAAUCCAGCUGAGCGAAUGGCCCAGAUGUAAAGGAUUGGCUAGAAGGACGAGGCAGAGAUCUGCAGUGCCAGCCACAGAGCUGGGCACUGGCUGAAAUCAGCCAGACCACCCGAGGUCCUGAAGGCUGCCACGUAGCUGCCAUGGGCUUUAGAGCAGGCACUGAUCUUCCAUCACCUAUCCACUGUUCCUGUUUAAAACACUGAAAAAAGGAAAUCACCAUAAUAAAUAUGCUGGAACCAA